UCUGCUUCCCUUUCCAGGCCUUGAUUGUCCAGCAUGAUUACCAAGUUGUUCCACGAGACCAGAGUUUUGCUUGGCGAGGCGAGGCACAGCGCCCUCUCGCACGGAGCGCCGUCGUCAACUCACGGUAGUCAAAGCAGACGAUAGCAAGGCACUUGUGUGUGUUGUGUUCAGCCGGCGGAGAUCAUGGCGACGGGGUCCGCCGGAGCCGCCGGGCAAUCAGGAAGCAGUAACACCGGCGUAGGAGAGAAAUGUGGUUCAGACCCCGCAACAGAAGACUCAUCGGAAAGCGACGGAGACGCAGAGCCCGCAAAACCAUUCCACAGAAGGGUUUCCACGUCGAAAGCCAUCAAAAACGGGGUGUGCAUCAAAGAGGGAAUGCUCACGAAACAGACAAGCUCAUUCCAGAGGUGGAAGAAGAGGUACUUUCGACUCAAGCCACGGAAACUUUACUAUGCAAAAGAUAGCAAGUCUGUGAUUUUCGAAGAAAUUGAUCUCACCGAGCUCAGUGUGGCUGAAUGUAGUACAAAAAAUGCUAAUCACAGUUUUCAAAUCAUCACGCCAUUUCGACGACUCAUUUUAUGCGCCGAGACGAGAAAAGAAAUGGAAGAAUGGAUCUCAGCUCUUAAAAGUGUUACCAACAAAGACUUUUACGAGGGAACGGAGCACCACGACUUCUUGUCGGGUCAGCACAACUGGUACGUGACGUCUCAUGCCAGGCCGACGUACUGCAAUGUCUGCAAAGAAGCGCUCUCGGGUGUCACAUCACAUGGCCUUUCCUGUGAAGUAUGCAAAUUCAAAGCGCACAAGAAGUGUGCUGUCAAAUCGCCUAACAACUGCAAAUGGACAACACUAGCAUCUGUGGGGAAGGACAUAAUUGAAGACGAAGAUGGGGUGAUAACGAUGCCACAUCAGUGGAUGGAGGGGAAUCUCCCAGUCAGUGCCAAAUGUAGUGUCUGUGACAAGACUUGUGGAAGUGUCCUUCGGCUGCAGGAUUGGCGCUGUUUGUGGUGCAGAGCGAUGGCACACACGCCAUGCAAGCAGCAACAUCCUGUGCGCUGCCCACUAGGUUCAUGCCGCUCAUCCAUCGUGCCCCCUACGGCCCUUCACAGCACAGGGGGCACAGAUGAUGCGUGGGAACCUGUCCGCCUGCCGGGUGGCUGUACGCCCCUCUUGGUGUUUGUCAACUCGAAAUCGGGCGACAACCAAGGGGUGCGCUUCAUUCGUCGCUUCAAGCAGCUCCUGAAUCCAGCUCAGGUGUUUGACCUCAUGAACGGUGGCCCUGGGCUAGGGUUGCGAAUGUUUCGUGGGUUCUCUCCCCUGCGGGUUCUCGUCUGUGCGGGAGAUGGCAGUGUGAGCUGGGUACUGAGUGAGAUGGACAGAUUGCGGCUCCACGGACAGUGUCAGACGGGGGUCCUACCUCUGGGUACAGGGAAUGAUCUGGCCAGGGUUCUAGGGUGGGGCUCUGUCUGCGACGACGAUGCCCAGCUGCCUCAACUCCUCGACAAGUACGGACGUGCUUCCGCAAGGCUGCUGGAUCGGUGGAGCAUCAUGACAUACGAAGGGACCAUGCCAUUACCAAGAAAACUUUCAGCCCCAUACGACCAAAUAUCUGUGUACGAGGACUCCGUUGUCACACACUUGUCCAAAAUAUUGCAUUCCGACAAACAUUCGGUUGUCAUUUCUUCAGCCAAAGUCCUGUGUGAAACCGUGAAAGACUUCAUAGCCAAAGUGGGAGCAGCAGCAGACUCAAAUGGCAAUGUCGAUGACAAGGACUCCAUAUCUCAUAAGUGCAAAGUACUUAACGAGAAGCUGGACUCUUUGCUGAAGACAUUGCAAGCGGAAUCCUUAGCUGUGCAGAGCAACAUGGAGACUAAGGAGAAGAUACUAGAAGAAGAGGAAGAGAAAGAAGCACAAGAAAGCGAGAGAGGAGAUGGCGCGGAAGAAAUGAACAAAGACUCAGGAACUGAGAAACAAUAUUUGAGUACUCCGUGCAAGAAAUCUCAAAAGACUUUUAUUCAGAGAGAAGCCCUGAUGCUGCGAGCCAACAGCCUCAAGAAGGCUGUAAGGCAAAUUAUCGAACAUACAGAAAGAGCUGUGGAUGAACAGAAUGCGCAGACAGAAGUGCGUGAAGCAGACGCGGAACAAAAGAGCCAUCAACAAUACUCACCGCGGAAAGAAACCUCCCACCGGACCUACCUGGGGAAUGAUCCGCUCAUCGAAGAGACACAAGUUCAGGAGGAAAGACCCGAUGUUCCAGUGCUGACGACAACAUUCCAUGAUGAUUCCAGUGCGGAUGAUGUUGCACCUUCAUCUUCAUCAUCGUCAUCAGCUGGGGCUCCCUGCUGGGAUCCCUGGGGCAUUGCCAUGGGGCAGAGUGUUGGGGCAUCGCUCAAGGACACAUUACAGGUUACACUGCCGACGAUCGAAGGGGGUCGUAGUACGGACAGCUCUCCGUGCCCGUCGCCUCGGUCACUGACGUUGACCCCAACGCUGUCUGCCUCUCCCUGUAGCCCUUCUCCUAUCUCUAUGGAAGAACAAAUAUCUCACCCGUCGUCAUCUCCCCUUCAUAAUCACCCAGCCCAGCAUCCCACCACCCUUGCACUCACCUCAUCGAAUGCAGAGGAACAGUCUUCUGGUGGCAAGGAACAUCCAGCAUCUCCGACGGCCUCUCGUCGAAUCAGCAGUGGGUCGACGCUAAAGCACAUUGGCAACAUAGGCCUUCAACUGGGCUCUGGAACGGGCAUCCCACUGCUGGCCCCCGGGGUGGUGACUGGUGGCAGGAUGCGUGACCGGAGUCCCGAUGAAGGAGGAGGAGGAGGAGGAGGAGGUACCACGGUGGGUACCAGGCGCAAGAGCUUUCCCAUCAUCAACCCCCUGGCAUCACUGCCCAUGUGGCCAAAUCUCAAUAGGGAGAGCCUGGUUGGUAAAGUGCUGCUGGCCAACGCAGAUGCCCUGUGUGCUGCUGCGUCACCACUGAUGGAUGUGGAGACCGUGUCGCUGGAUGACUUUGAUGAAAAGUGUGUCAUGAAUAACUACUUUGGCAUUGGACUGGAUGCCAAAAUCACCUUGGAAUUCCACAAUAAGCGGGAAGAACAUCCUGAGAAGUGCAGGUCUCGCACAAAAAACCUGAUGUGGUAUGGAGUCCUUGGCGGGAAGGAGCUCCUACAGCGUACCUACAAAAAUCUGGAGCAGCGGGUUCAACUGGAAUGCGACGGCCAUCGUAUUGCACUGCCCUCUCUUCAAGGAAUUGUUGUGUUAAACAUUCCAAGUUACGGUGGCGGCUCCAAUUUCUGGGGAGGUUCCAAAGAAGACGAUGUCUUUUAUGCUCCGGCCAUUGACGACAAGAUCCUGGAAGUGGUUGCUGUCUUUGGCACCGUACAAAUGGCAGCGUCGCGUGUCAUCAACCUUCAGCACCAUCGCAUUGCUCAGUGCCGUUCCGUGCGCAUCACCAUCACUGGGGACGAGGGUGUUCCAGUGCAGGUCGACGGCGAGGCUUGGGUUCAACCUCCAGGCUGCAUUUGCAUUGUCCACAAGAACCGCACACAGAUCCUUUGUCGCAACAGGCAAUAUGAGUCGACGGUAAAGCAGUGGCAAGAGCGGCAACGACACCUCGCCCCCAGGCAGCCCAGAGGGUCCCUGACAGAGGAUGAAGCCCAGCAGCUGACCAACUUUGUUGAGGCUACUGCCUCACUUGUCAGAGCCAUCAAGGUGUCAUCCAUCUCGCAUCCGACGUUGGAACAGGAAUUAUUCCCCGCAGCAUCACAGGCAUCGUCAGUGAUCGACCGCCUGUUCCCAGGUGGCCGGAUGCUUGAAGGGCCUCACGUACGACACCAAAUCAACGACCUGGUGGCAACUGUCCGGCAACUCUUCCAGGAUACCAAAGUCUUCAUCGCAGAAAAGCUGGACGAAGCUAAACUGCGACCGGAUCUCGAGGACAAGCUCCUCUCCACAGCAUCCACUCUGGAGGAGGAACUAAAGAAGUGCUUUGACCUCCAGGGCACGGUUCACUUUCUUACGGGUGAAGAUGAGCAGCAACAAGAACAAAAGGGACUGAAAGGAAUAUUCAAGCUCAAGUUUAUGCGCAAAUCGACGUCGUCGAGCCCUGCGUCUCAACCGCCACCGCUGAAGACCGAACACUCCUUGUCCAUUAGCAGUGGAACUGCGGAAGAAGGAGGAGGAGCUGGACUCAGCCCUUCCCUUCAGAACCUCGACUCCUCACCUUGCAAAGGUUCACACUGUGGGACGCCCACAGAUUCGCCGCAAAAGAAGAUUUCUUGCGCGGAGGAGGAGGUUCAUCAUUGGUCCGCGGAAGAGGUCGGAAUGUGGCUGGCCAAGAUGCAGCUCAAGGAAUACCAGGAGAACUUUAUGCAGCACGACAUCCAAGGGGCAGAGUUGCUGAGCCUCGAAAGGCGAGAUCUCAAGGAACUUGGUGUCACGAAGGUGGGCCACAUCAAGCGGAUCUUGCAGGGAGUUGCCAACAUCAAGUCUGCAACGUCCAUCACAAAGAAAUGAGUCUCUUUGCUAGUUACUUGAAAAACCACCAGAUCUCGUUCAGUAUCUUGUGCGCAUUCCUUGGUACCGCGAGCCCGCAGCACGAUCUACGACUUGUUGAGCAAGGAGCGGAUAUGGCUCGAACUUCAGCAUGGCGAAAUCCGUCAAAAAAAUCCGUAAAGAGAAACGCCGUAGCCCCUUUUUAACGGAUACGAAUGCAUGUAGCCACAUUAGCUGUCCCGUUAUAGUGGUCCACUUACAAGUCUGUAGUGUUUGACAAUCCAUCAUCCUUCCUUUGACGUUCCUACGGCACUUUUUACGUAGAGUUCACCCAGUUUUCCUAUGCAUUCCACGACUGAUAUAGUAUAAGUAGCAAUAUUUUGAUGGGACAACAGUAUGUCGUCGACUUAUACAGCACUCGCUUUGGCUCGUAGUCCGUUAGAUAGUCUCGGAGAUCACCGUCUCCCGCGGUUUCCACAAACUUUUUGGAGUCUGGACACCCACCCUGUGAUAGUUCUUUUUCACACCCUUUAAUGUGCACAUGCAUCUUAAAGGGGCAUUAAAGUGUGAAAAUUUCUUUCUUAAGGAAUGAAAGAUGAUGUUGCCUUGACACAAACUUAAAAGGAACAGAAUUUAGUGCCCCUUUAAGUGCAGCUAUAGUGCAUUCACAUUCUCCACUGUGUGCUUCAAAGCUCUGAUGCAAAUGCAGCGCGCUCACUGUUCUUUGUCUUUCUGACUGCAAUAUUACCGUGCUUCUUAAUACCGCUAGCACGCAGAGCCCAAAUCAUUGCUGCAUCGUAGGAACGUACGACUUUUGUAAUGCUAGUACUCGCGGCAACCACUAUACUGGGUGCGUCACGUAAGACUGACCAGAAUUUUAUUAAAUUUGCGAUUAUUUUUUUUUUCCACAAAAGUCGUUGAAUGUACCUAUUCCCGAUGGGGCCUACUCGAAGGUGGUGGUGUAUCGGUAAUUAGUGCAGCCGUUAACUAACUUUCAUAAUUCAUCUUCAUAAUUUGUGAAAGUAGGUUGACUGCGUAAUUGCAAAGUUGUAGCGCACAGCGUGAGGAGUCUACCCCGCAAGAAUGGAAACUGCAGCACUUUUCUGUGCUGUAGUAAAAAAUAUGCAAAAAUGCAAUAUCUUCGAGCGCCGCGCAGCUUUUGCUGCCACUUUCUCCUCUCCCCACCUCAGUGUCACCCUUUCUCAACUGACAUCAGGCUGUCCCUCAAAGCAUGGAACCACCCCACUUUGUGCCCAGGAGUGAGAGUGAAGGGGAAUAGCGAUGCCGUUUCUGGAGCCAACGUUAUCACCAAAAUGCCGCCUUUGAUUUUGUUCACACCAUUAUAUGGUUUAAUCUGCUCAACCCCCCCCUCCCCCUUGCAAGACACAGUUCACGAUUUCAUCUGAUAAAUGUCACGCAAUAAAAUUGCCAGUCCAUAUCUGCCAAAAACCAUGCAGAUAACAAAAAUAAAAUCACUGAUUCCGCUGCUCAAUAAGUGUGUAAAAUCUAACAGGUUUUAACAAAACAAAAAUAACUGUAUCGGCCAGAACGCUAGGAAGCAGGCGUGCCCCCAUGUUUUGAGGAACAGCCUGAUGUCAGUUGAGAAAGGGUGACAGCGAGAGAGCGAUAGGAAAAUGCGGUCGCAGAACUUGUGCAACGCUCAAAAAUAUGGUGCAUUUUCGCGUAUUUUUUACUAGGGCAGAGAAAAGUGCUGCGGUUUCGAUUCUAGCAGACUAGAUUCCUCAGGGUUGUUCUCUACAACUCUGCAAUUGUGCCGUCAACCUACUUCCAGUAAUUAUGGAGAUCAAUUAUGAAAGUUUGUUGACGGCUGCACUAAUUACUGAUGCAGCACCACCUUUGGGUAGGCCCCAUCGGGAAUAGAUAUAUAUUCAACGACUUUUCCGAAAGAAAGACACAUCGCGAAUUUAAUAAAAUUCUGGUCAGUCUUGCAUGACACGCCCUGUAUAAUACUAUAUAGUGACUAUAGCAGCAACAAUACUCUGAGUAGUUGUAGUAGUUAUUGCUACGUGGCCCUGUUACAUAUUAGUUGAAUCUUUCUCCAGUUCACUGAUCCCCCAAAAAAUGCAUUCCACCUGGAAAGUGCCAUGCACAAAAAUUGAUUGAAUAGCUCAACGUGAAUGCAGAGUGAAUGAUUCAGCCAAUUCAUGCUGAAAUUUAAUAUACCUUCAUGAGGAUGAUAUUCCUGUCGUUAGUGAGGGAGUACAGAGGCAUCUUAUGUCUUGUGUACAGUACAAGCUGAGGGUUCCUAUGAAACUCAUAUCAUCUCACAUGCAGGUUGCCACAUUUUGAAUAAAUACCUCACUGUAGUAGUAUUGGCCCCGUAAAACGUUUAGCCCGCAAAAGAGACACUGUCACGUAGGGUCUCAGCACCAGUACGACAAACUGGCAGAUGUUGACACUGUCAUCCGGAAUUAUUUACUUGCCAUGUUAUGUUUGUUCUAAGCAGAAGAAUCUGAGAGUCAUUUGUGUCUCAGGUUUAAACCUGGUAGAACCAGUUUCUACCAUUAAAAACGAUAAAAGCCCCGUGCAGGGACUACACUAAGAGAAGACGCAGACAAUUCUUAACUUUACUGUUCAGUUUUUACUACCGCUCUGAGCAAAAACCAGACAUGCCAAGGCACAAAUUCAGCCACCUGUACAGACGGCGGGUGAACUUCAAACACUUUGCUCUCGGUGCUGCCUGUCACCAUCUCUCAUAUGAUUUUCUUUUCCACAUGAAAAUCUUCUCUUUCACACAACAUCGUCAGGUUUUGCCCCCGGUUUUACAGCCUCAAACAUAAAAUCAAACUUUUACGAUUUGCAAAAAAAAAAAAAAGAUUGAUGAAAACCUGAAAACACAAAUAUCUGUUCAUAGGUGACUGCCCACAUGAUCGUGUCCCCGUGUAACAGGCGUCAUUGUAGACAGGGAAGUGCAUGAUUCAUGUAUCCAGUCUGGCCACAUUUUUUAACGUGGGUUGAGUUUCCAAAGAUUAAGUACAAAUUCGUUUUAGCUGCUUAUGUCGAUAAUGGGAGAUACCACAUCCUAUGUGGUAUGUGAGGCAUUAUGUGUGGUAUGUGUGGUAUUAUGUGAGGCACUACUGCCUAUAGAGAAUGUUGUGCCCGUCUUACCUGCGACCCUUAAGUGGAAAGCGAGCCGUACAGUGUUGUGAAAGCGACUGUCACAAAGUGCGUUGGGAAGAAACACCCGGAGACAUUAUUUGGGGACCACCCCCAAGCACUUUGUGGUUUGAACUUUAAAUUGGACCAGAAGUUGCACUGUAGACAAUGUAUACUUGCACUGUUAACAAUGUUCCUCAUGCGCUGUCAUCACAGGGCAGUUCCGACCCCCGAAGUAAGGGCCAAUUAUGUUUGGUUAACAGAUUGCCAUGUGUGAAACUGAUCUCUCUGGUAUUGGUGCAUUUAUCUCCCCUGGCAUUACUCUACUCGCUACACAAAUAAUAUUGUAUUUGCUCUCAUAACUUAUACGUGCCCACUUGGGUUCCACCGAGUGUUUGUGUUUUUCCCCACCCCCCACUUAUUUUACACACCAACUUUAGCGAGAGCCAGUUUUUUUCAUCACGUAAUUAACGCAGCCCCUCUAUGGUGCUAUGUCCUCGGGCAAAAAGGUGUGUUAGCUACGCUAGUAAAUAUGGUAAUACGUACUCGCUGGAGUACCGCAACACUUCUUUUGACUAGCCGGUGGGAUAGGUUCCCCCCCUCAUGGAGUAUAAUCCAGGAUACCGAAGAUGCUUCAUUUUGACGUACAAAGCUGUAUGGCAUUUAGUAAGCGAGCAUAUAACAUGCACAUGUGCUGGCAUUCCAAACUACCGUAGCAUUAGGAACGUGUGAAGUGCCUUCUUUGGAAUUCGGUGCUUGGCUUGCUUUGUAUGUUGCAACAACAUACCAACAUAAACACUUUCUGGGAUAUACUUUUUUUUUCUCCCUCUCCUUUGUUUUAGUUGAUUGUGUUCCUGAUAUUGUAGAACCAGUCCAACACUUCACUUCUUUUCUUUUUCUUCAAAACCUUGUCUUCUGUAUGUUUCUAUGUGUAUGUUAUAAUUGCGUUUCUACUAAUGCUGAAUUACGAUUUAAAGCCUUCGGGAGCAAAGCCUCUGCGACAGUUAGUGCUAAGAUGCUAUAUGUCACAUAACCUGUCGCUUCGAUACAUCUUGUUUACGUUUACCUUUCACGAAUUCCACUGGGAUGACAGCACAUUACACUUUGAAAGCUCUUCAUAGCUUUGAAUCAUUUUGAAUGCCUAUGCACAUAUGUAUAAUAUCUCAUCAUACCUUAUGUAUAAAACUCAAUUCACGUCACAUUUAUAUUCCUGGUGCUCAUAAACGUGGGCACAAUUUACAUUUAGAUGAUCCUAUGAGUUCUACCCGAUUAAUCCUAUGCAAACCACCGCACCUUUGGUAUAUGAGCCCUGAAAAAAAAAAGAAACUGCAGUCCUUCUCCAAGGGUUAUUAAAUGUGUGUUUUUUUUCCAAUAGUAGUUGAAUUUCAACACAGCUCGGAACCUUGCAGAUUGACAUUGCGUGCCAAAUCUCUUUCUCUCCCUCUUUCGCUGUGCGAGCUGGCCUUCACGUUUUUGCCUCUUCCGCAGAGGCCAUUUCACUUGACUUUCAAGAAGAACAAAAUGUGUGCUUACUUUUCCUUCCUUGUGUCUAACACAGACCAUAGAAACUGUUACCCUUUCUGACUUUCGACAGCUCACCAUUAACAACCUUUAUGCAAACGAACCUGCACCUUGACCAGAUCACGUACAAGACUAAACGCAUGUCAUAAUUCCACUUUGAAAUGCAAGUUGUAGGUUGGAUACUCUUAGAAACGUGCUUUUGCGCAGACAAGGGUGAUGGCAAUACUGCUGUCUAGUAGUACACAUCAUGAGGCUUCAUGAGCCGUUUAAUUUACGUAUGGCAGUUUGUGUGCUCGAAUAGCCAUUUUUAAAGCUCUCCUGUGCUUAUGAAGUUGGGGGCGACACUGUGGUGGGAUGCUCAUAAACCCCACUUUGCUUUAUCUGUUAACAAGUAGCAGAGUUGUUCAGAUGUGGCCUUUAACAGCAGAGAGUGGCUGGCAAAAGAUAAAGAUCAGGAACCAUGCCUACGUGUACAUCGUAUAAGUGUACUCGGUUAAUACCUGCUUGGUCAUCAUUGCAGUAGUGUGUGAAAAAGGUAUCGAAAGAACAUGCUUGGUGCCCACCGAACUACUGAUACGCGAAUGCCUAAUCAUAAUAUUAAUUUGUGCUUGAGAAUGACCACUUGCCGAACUUUGUGGAAGCUGGCACGGACUCUUGGAAUCCUCAGACUGUGAGCCACCGACAUUUCAAACAGGAAACUCUUCCACUGCCGGGCCCAGCAGAGCGGCAGCCUCGUGUUCUAAAUGUCGACGGCUCCCGAUCUUAAGUCUCUCCCAUCCACGCAAGCCAAUUAAUGACAUUGACGGUAAUUGAUAUGCAGAAUGCCAGACAACCCUUGCUGUGGGUAAAACAAAUUAAUUAAUAUAGGCAUGGCCAACGUUACCGUAUUAUCCUCGUUGCCCCGUAGGUGUACGUGCACAAUUUCACAUCACUUCAUGUAAUGUCAUCGAUCCAUAUACCUGCAAUCUCAUAUGUUGUCUACCAGCAUUCUGGCUGGAGGCCUCCUGCUGGCAGGAAGCCGUACCACGAGAGUAUAAUCUCAGCGUUUUGUGUACACGCAUGUCUCGAGAUAGACGUGUCGAGCACACGUUCCCAACACUUGGACCACCCACCGUUUUCGAACUGUUCCGCACGUUGUUCUGUCUCUGCGUAUGUUGCACAUGUGAAAACCCUCUACAGUUUUCACGUGCCACCAAAGAGUGUGCCCUUCUCUUUUGCGAGGUGUAUAGUCAGUACUUAUUUUUCGCAGAAAAGUUUGACAGCGAGCAUAUCUUUCUCACCUGCUUCGUGGACCUGCAGUUCUGCUUUUACCACUGCAGGAGGCUCCCAUUUUUUGUAAUGUACAAGCACUUUCAAAAUGCACUUCCCCUGCUGGACAUAAUUGUCUUACGCGAUGGGCCUCCAGAACAAAGCCACAGCAAACAUAGUCUGCACAGCAGGGAGAAUGUGUGUGUGUCGCAUGUUUAUACUGGCUAACUCGGCGUGAACCAGUUUUACAGUAAAGGGUCUUUUUCCCCUGAACAUUUUCAUACUGUUCCUCGACGACAUGGAUAUAGCAAAUUACUCCCGUGAAAGAGAAUGUAAAUACGGACCACCGUGCCUGCAAAGAAAGGAGUAAAAACAUUAUUGCCUUUUGCACGCAGAAUGUCGUUCACUUCAAACUGGUGGUACACUGCAUUGAACAGUGUUUGUCUUGCAGCGUUUAGACCGAAAUGAGUUGAUGUAGCACAUUUUUGUGUGCACCGUUAUGGCCGGAUCACAGAGACAGCAGCAGCACAUACGUUAUGUCAUACUUUGGCACGUUUUGCACAUCAAUUGUAUACUGUGACCUUUGAGAAAUUUAUAUACAUGUAUAUGAAUGUAUGUAUGUAUGUAUAUAUAUUUACAAAUUGGCUUUUACUUCUGAGUGGCAAUAAAGAAUGUGCUUGAAUUGAA